AUGGAUGUGAUUAAAAAAGACUCUUUUUUUGAUGACCCUGAUGCAACUGGAUUUUGGAAUGUCACAGAUUUUCCAUCAAAGGAUGCGGCUUUGAAUAUGCAUGAUACUAUGUAUUUAGAACAAGAUUCAGAAUUAUAUAAAGGAACUUUAGGAAUCUCGAAUAAUUAUCUGCUCUAUUUCAAAAAACAAGUAAAUUCAUUCAAUAACCAAUAGAUUGUGAAGUAAUGGAUCAAUUUAGAUAAUGCUACAAUUGAAUAUACAAAGCAUUAGAAGGCAGGACUUGGAAUAAAAAUUACAAAAAACAAAUAAGCUUUUGAGUUCUUUGGAGAUGUAGAACCAUGGUACAAUUAUCUCAAGUAAUUUUGUAUUCAAAGAAAUUUUUCUCAUCAUUAUACAUUACUGAAGAAGAUAGGAUCAGGGAAUUUUGCUGAUGUAAAAUAAUUUCAUAAUAUCUAGGUUUUCAAAGCUGUUAACAAGAAUGAUGGAUCUGAAUAUGCAAUAAAAUGUUUCAGGAAAGCAAAGUUGAAUGAAAGUGUUGACAGAUUAGCAAUAAUCAAGGAAAUAUCAAUUAUGAAAAAAAUUCAGCAUGAAUCUGUAAUCCGAUUAUAUGAAGUUUUUGAAGGAGAUGAAUUUUUGUUUUUAGUUUUAGAAUAUUUGAAAGGAGGUGAGUUACAUUAAUAUAUGAAGAAAUCACCUCCAUUUUCUGAAGAAAAAUGUUCUAAAUUAAUUUUUAGAUUAUUGAAAGCAGUUUCAUCUAUACAUUAAAAAGGAAUUUUACAUAGAGAUAUCAAACCAGAAAAUAUUAUGCUAAGAAAUAAAGAUGAUAUUGAGAAUAUUUGUAUAGGGGAUUUUGGAUUGGCUGAUUAUUAUUCUCCAAGUGGAUAAUAUCUAUUUACUAGAUGUGGUACACCAGGUUAUGUUGCCCCAGAAUUAUUAUAAGAUAAAGUUUAUGAUUUCAAAGUAGAUGUUUAUAGUGUAGGAAUUCUAAUGUUUAUUUUAAUUGCAGGAAAAUCACCAUUUGAUGGAAAGGAUUAUGAUGAUGUAGUAAUGAGAAAUUAUUAUGCAAAAGUCAAAUUUGAAGAUUGUAAAUUAAGUGAAAUAGGGAUGGACUUACUUUAAGGACUUAUGAAUAAAAAUCCUAUCAAGAGAUUAACUGCUGAAGAAGCUUUAAAUCAUCCAUGGUUUGCUAGUGAAAACUUAACAAAAACAUGUCAAUUCAAAAUCAGAAAAUAAAAUCAAACUACAUUAAAGAAAUUAGCUUAUUUUGACACGAACAUUAAAUAAUAAUCUGCAAUUUCAACAUAAUUUAGUCCAAAGAGUUCAUUAUCAAGUCUAAGUCCUUAUUGUGUUACAAAAUGCAAUAUUGAAGAUAGUCCAUAGACACCUAAUACUCCUGCAACACUUAGACCUGUUAAUACUCCUAGAACAUCAGCUGGUUAUAAAUUAAGAUAGGUUCGAAGAUCUUAAAUUCCUCUAAAAUAAUUAUGA